AGGGGAAGAAAAAAAGAGGAGAGCGAGGUAGAAUGAAGGUCGAUCGAAUCGGGCUUGAAAUCCCAAGUUAUCACGUCUCCAUGAUGAAGAAUAUGGCUGGGAGCCUCCGAAGGCUUUCUGUUAGAUCGAAUUUCCCCCAUUUCUAUCAGCAUGGUUGUGCCUUGACAGUAAUAAACCGACGCCCUGUGCAUUACGACGUGGAGCGAUAGAGAGAUAGGGAAAGGGAGAGAGAGAGAAGAAGGGAGAGCGAAAACGAGCUAGAGCGCUGCUGCAGCUACAAGCCAUACGCACACUGUACCUACCCCCGCCGUGUGGGCAGCGGCUCUGUGAAUGUUACGCUUCGAUCUGCGCAGCUUUGCCAAUGCAAUGCAUGCCUAGAUUUACUGUGCAUACAAGGUUGGGGUUCUGUGUGUAUGUGGAUAGUUAUUAACGGGAAGCUUGUGCUAGCAGCUAGCUCGAGAGCGAAGGGACUUCGUGCCUCUUUUUCUUUUUAAUGCGUUUCCUGUGUUAUACGGGCAGGGCCCACUCAUGGAAUAUUGAGCCGAGCUCUCAAGCCAGCUUGCAGCUAGCUUGUUGUCAACAUUGCUCUCUGUAACGCAUGAAAUACCCGCCAGCGUCGUAAAUUGCUCCGACAUUGUUCCCCUUUACGCAUUCGCAGAGUCGGCAAUACAUGCAAAGUCGUAGUCAUGCAUGUGGCCGUGCAUACGAGUUUUGCAUCGAGAAAUGCAUAGGCGCUCUCGAACGAAAUUGAAGGCUUUUCGCUUUUUUCCUCUCAUAGCAAAGUGGCGGCACUCCCUUCUCGUCGCAGAGCUGUGUAAGAAGAAGGGGAAGGAAUAGAACUCUCAUCGCCUUCGUAUGAAGAAACUGAGCUGAGCUGACUGUCGGUAAAAGGCAGACGUAUCAUCGCGGGUCAACCUUGUAUUUUCUUCGGCAUACCAGCACAAUAACGAGGGGCUUCUUAUCUCGAUAACUAUGACAAGGGCAUUCUGAUCGAGGAGUGUCCCAGUUUGACCUCAGCCGCAGUACACUCCCGAAUCGAGGCUAAACACACCGCGACAAGCCAGCAUUGCAGCCUGCCAGCCCCUUGCAUGCAUGCAAGCUAGCCAGCCGGGCUAGGCGUGUGUGUCUUUUGUGUUGCUGUAAGCAGCGGGCGUCGCCUAGCCAGCAGCCGGGGCAUUCCGACAGGGCCGGCCCCGCUCCUAUUCCUCUUGUUUAUCCGACGCUUCUCAUGAAGAAGAAAAAGAGCUGCAUUUCCAGCAUGGAGCUGAGUGACAUCGGAGAGAGGGUCUAUGCGGCGGAGUCGCUUCUCAACAGAAGGAUUCGAAGGGGCAAAGCAGAAUAUCUCGUUAAGUGGAAAGGAUGGUCCAUUAAGUAUAGUACGUGGGAACCAGAGGAUAACAUCAUUGACAAAAGACUGCUGGAGUCGUUCAAAAAGCGGCGAAAAGAACUGGAAGGAGGUACAGGACAUGCGACCCCAGGCCGCAAGAAGCGCAAAUCUAAGGUAUGUUUUAGAUUUCGUUAUGUUUUCCACCCCUUCCCAAACGGCCAUUUUUAACCCCUAGCACCCGACAUUUGCUAAUUAAAACCAUUCUAACGAAUAAACCAAAAGUUUUUGCUCAAAACCCGUGAAUGGGCAAAAUCUGCAACUAUUAUGGAAUACAUUCCCCAAAUGUCAACUUUGUAGAGGUUUUCUAUUGGCGAAAAAUAACUUAAGUUUGGGGGAAAGUUCAUGAUGGAAAAUUGCCCGCUGCUUGGAAAUACGUGCAAACAUAGCGGGUAGGCAUGAGAGCGCACGUAAGCCAUAGCUUUUUCACUCUCCCCCAGCCUGCUGCUGCAAGUAAUGUAAUGCACUGCGCAUGUGCAGUGAAGAUCCGUUUUGGGAUUCAUCUUCUCUCAGCAUAAUUACUGUUCGCAUAAUGAUACGGUAGAAUCGGGUGGACAGCGAAUCUUCCCCACCGCUACGUUAUCUCACACCACCAUACGCUCUGUAGCCCAUUAUGAUAUUCAGGGAGUUUGAUGAUCAAUCUUCGGCACAUAAUAACGCAAGCGUGGGGCUGUAUGUUAGAGACGAUGCAAGUAAUUUAGUUACACAUAGCGUUAAUGAUGUUGGGAGUCAUGGGAGUGUUUUACUCUCCCGCUGGUCAAUCAUAAUUGAGGGUCCCAUGCAUGCCCAUGGCCUGCGUGGAGCGGGAGGUUAGGGGAUCUGGUGGACGCCACACCCGAUGACUUUACUUAUUGCAUACAUUGCAAGUCAAGCGUGGUAAUAUGACAAUAAUAUUAGGGUAGCCUUGUGCCAUCCAUUGUUUGGCUGAAAGAAAGAAAGAUGGGUUGGUUGGAGGGGGGAGGUGGAGCUGCAGCUUGACCAGGAAGACGAAGAAGCCAGGGGGUCGGGGUGGGGGUGAACGGCGAAGCUAGAGAGUGAUUCGUUCUGAACUUCAAGUAGGUCCAAUAAUAAUUGUUCAUAAAUUAUCGUCAUUCUUUUCCAUAAUUUCUAUUCAAAUGUUUUGGAAACGACGUGCAAUC